AUGCUCAAUGAAUGGCAAGCAGUCUGGAAAAGUGUCGUCGUGCCCCAGCUCGUCGAGUAUCUGAGCCCGGAUGUGCCCUUGUAUGAGGAUGUGACCUCAGGAAAGCUGGACAUUCGACAGACGACCCCCUAUGACCACAUGGAUAUCUUCGUCAUGUUCUGCCCUGAAAUGGGCGAGGACGAGGACGAGGACCUUCCCGAUGAACCGAUUUUCGACAGGGCCGUGGAAUGGUACCGGAUGUUGCUAGACGUCCAAAGCGUCAUUGCCACCGCGAGCUUCCACCCCAGUCUCGUGCAGCACAUGAACAUUUUGAGAUGGUUCGGGUCGUCUGAGUACAUGCUUGUUGAGUACUACAAUGCCGUCGAAUACCACAUUCGCCUCGAUCGCUUCGACGAUGAUGUCACAGACAUGUUCCAGGAUGCUUGGGUCCCGCUCUCCGCCUUUGGGCCCACCCGGCACGGGCAGGCCAGGGCGUUUCUAAACGACGUCGCAAGGGCAUUGGAAGGCGAAGACCCGCCGCGGCAUGCAGCUGAAGUUAUGAGGUCGCUGAUUGAUCGCCACGGCUUGCAGUGA